AGUUUACGUUCUGUAUAUUUUUCUGAACAUGCAGAUGGCUUCUAUAUAUUUAAAAGUACAUGUUGUGUAACAUCAACAACUAGCCAUGGAGACUCUAGAAGAAGUUAUGCUCAAGGAUAAAGUCAAGCUUUCCGAACCGGUUAAAAAGCUUGAGGACAAAUGGAAACUUUUACCUUCAUUUUUGAAAGUUAAGGGACUAGUUAAGCAGCACAUAGAUUCUUUCAAUUACUUUAUAAAUGUAGAGAUAAAGAAAAUUUUAAAAGCUAAUAACUUAAUUACAAGCGAUGCAGAUGAAAUGUUUUAUUUGAAAUACUUGAAUAUCUAUGUUGGAAAGCCUGAUAUAGAAGAAAGUUUCAAUAUAUCUAAACCAAUAUCCCCUCAUGAAUGCCGACUACGGGAUAUUACUUAUGCCUCUCCAAUAACUGUUGAUAUAGAAUACACAAGAGGUCAACAAAGAAUUAUUCGUAAUAACUUACCCAUUGGAAGAAUGCCUUUAAUGUUGAGAUGUUCCAAUUGUGUUCUUACUGGAAAGUCAUCAGAAGAGCUCGCUCGUUUGAAUGAAUGCCCUAUUGAUCCCGGAGGAUAUUUUAUUGUCCGAGGGACAGAAAAAGUUAUCCUAAUUCAAGAACAAUUAAGCAAAAACCGAAUGAUAGUAGAGGUUGACAGAAAAGGAUUGUUAACCUGUUCAGUGACUAGUUCAACUCAUGAACGAAAGAGUAAAACUGUUAUUAGCACUAAGGAUUCACGAUUUUAUUUAAAACAUAAUUCUCUUGCUGAGGACAUUCCGAUAGCUAUUGUGAUGAAGGCGUACGGAAUAGAAUCUGAUCAAGAAAUAGUUCACAUGAUUGGAACUGAAAAAAACAUUAUUUUUGCUAUGGCUCCCUGCAUAGAAGAAUCCCAUAGACUAAAAAUAUUCACACAGUUACAGGCUCUCGCAUAUAUCGGAAAUAGAAUACGUCAAAAACGCUUUGGAAAUUCUCCUCUCAACAAAGUGGACGAAGCUCGACAAACAUUACAUGAUUUGAUCCUCUCACAUGUUCCUGUUGAAAAUUGGAAUUUUAAAGUGAAAGCUAUUUAUACAGCUCUUAUGAUUAGAAGAUUAAUUAUGGCAUAUGACGACGAAGCAACUGUAGAUGAUAGGGACUACGUAGGAAAUAAACGAUUAGAAUUAGCUGGACAACUAUUGAGUUUGCUCUUUGAAGAUUUAUUCAAGAAAUUCAAUUCUGAAUUGAAGAAAAUUGCAGAUAUGACUAUUCCUAAACAAAGAGCUACACAGUUUGAUAUAAUUCGUCACAUACGACAGGAUCAAAUAACAAAUGGCCUUGUACAUGCCAUCUCAUCAGGAAACUGGUCAAUUAAAAGAUUCAAAAUGGAACGAGCUGGUGUAACACAAGUUCUUUCUAGACUCUCUUAUAUAUCAGCCUUAGGUCAUAUGACUAGAAUUACUAGUCAGUUCGAAAAAACUCGAAAAGUAAGUGGUCCUAGAUCACUACAGCCAUCACAAUGGGGAAUGCUUUGCCCUUCCGAUACACCAGAAGGAGAAGCCUGUGGAUUAGUAAAAAAUUUGGCCCUAAUGACUCACAUAACAACAGACUUGAAUGAAGAACCCAUAAUUCGACUAGCUUUGAACUUUGGUGUAGAAGACGUAAACAUGGUAUUGUCGGGUGAUUUUUCCUCACCCCUAGUUUAUUCUGUUUUUCUCAAUGGAAAUAUUCUUGGUAUUGUAAGGCACUAUGAGCGUCUUGUUCAAGCUUUUCGAGCAAUGAGAAGAGCAGGCUAUAUAAGCGAAUUUGUUUCUAUUUAUACCAACUUAAAACUUCGAGCUGUUUAUAUUUCUUCGGAUGGAGGUCGCGUUUGCCGGCCAUAUAUAAUUGUGGAAAACAAAAGGCCUAAAGUUCGUCAGCAACACAUUGAUGAGCUUGUGCAGGGUGUUCGAGAAUUUGAAGACUUUCUUAAAGAGGGACUUGUGGAAUAUUUGGACGUAAAUGAAGAAAAUGAUUGCUUCAUUUCGGUCUAUGAGGAUGAGAUUACAACGGAAACGACUCACUUAGAGAUUGAACCGUUUACUAUUCUAGGCGUUUGCGUCGGUUUGGUUCCCUAUCCUCAUCAUAACCAAAGUCCGAGAAAUACAUAUCAGUGUGCUAUGGGAAAACAAGCAAUGGGAACAAUUGCUUAUAAUCAAAGAAAUAGAAUCGAUACUGUUAUGUAUAACCUAGUCUAUCCCCAACCACCCCUCGUAAAGUCUAGGACACUUGAUCUUAUUAAGUUUGACAAGUUACCUGCUGGUCAAAAUGCUACACUAGCUGUCAUGAGCUACAGUGGUUAUGAUAUAGAAGACGCUUUAAUUCUAAAUAAAUCAUCUGUUGAACGAGGAUUUGGACGCUGUUUAGUUUAUAGGAACCAAAAAAUAUUUAUGAAACGUUAUGCAAAUCAAACAUGUGAUAUUGUAAAAGGUCCUAUGUAUGAUUCUACCACGAGAAAAGUUAUUGAUAUUCAUAAGGCAUUGGAUACUGAUGGUAUUUGCAUGCCUGGAGAAAUGGUGGAGAAUAGACAGGUGAUGGUAAACAAAGAAACACCUACUGUAACAAGCAACCCUCUCUCUGGAUCAAAUUCACAAGAUAAAUUAGAAUACCGGAAAACUCCUGUCACAUAUAGAAGUCCAAUUCCAUCGUAUAUUGAUAAAGUAAUGAUAUCUUCUAAUGAAGAAGAAUCCUUCCUUAUCAAAUUAAAUUUACGUCAGACACGAACACCAGAAGUGGGUGACAAAUUUAGUAGUAGACAUGGACAGAAAGGGGUAUGUGGCCUGAUUGUUCCUCAAGAAGAUAUGCCAUUUGCUGACACAGGGAUCUGCCCAGACGUGAUUAUGAAUCCACACGGCUAUCCAUCUCGUAUGACCGUUGGGAAGCUACUGGAAUUAAUGGGAAGCAAGGCAGCAGUAUUGGACGGAAAAUUUCGAUACGGAACAGCUUUCGGAGGGGAUAAAAUCGAACAAUUAUCUCAAGCUCUUAUUGAUAAUGGUUAUAAUUACUUAGGAAAAGAUUAUGUAACAUCCGGUGUGACUGGGGAGCCUUUAUCUGCUUAUAUAUAUUUUGGACCUGUAUAUUAUCAGAAGUUGAAGCAUAUGGUUACUGAUAAAAUGCAUGCCAGAGCUACCGGACCAAGAGCUGCUCUUACAAGACAGCCAACCGAAGGGCGAUCUCGAGACGGUGGAUUACGUUUGGGAGAGAUGGAAAGAGAUUGCUUAAUAGGUUAUGGAGCUUCGAAUCUUCUCCUUGAGCGUUUGAUGAUUUCCUCAGAUGCUUUUGAAGUAGAUGUUUGUUCUAAAUGUGGAUUGAUAGGUUACAGUGGAUGGUGUAACAUGUGCAAGUCGUCGAGUUACGUCGCAUCGAUGAAAAUGCCUUAUGCUUGCAAGCUUUUAUUUCAAGAACUACAAUCAAUGAAUAUAGUGCCUCGCUUAACUUUGAAAAAAUAUAAUGACUCUUAAAAUUGUUUUUUCGUCCAUAAGAAAUACAUCAUUGUUAAGUUAGUGUACUUUUACUGACUACUUAAUGUGUAUCGUUUAUUUUAUGCUGUUCAUUUCAUUAUUCGCACGCUUUGAUCAUGAUUGCAAAUUUCCUUGGCAAUUUUGAAUUCUCAGUGAUCGAAAAUCGAAUAUGCUAUACAGGAAGCGGAAAACCAUUGUUAACC